AUGGAAGAAGAAUAUCAAGAACAACAACCUCCAUCACCUCCACCACAACAACAACAACUAGGUCCACAACAUCAUAUUAGUAUGGAGGGACAACAACUUCUGCCCUCUGAAAAGCAACAAGAACACCACCAACGACAACAACAGCAACCACUAUCAUCCUCAUCCUCUCAACCAUUUCAUCACUAUACACAAUCAGUUCCGAAUGAGCCCAUUUCAAAUCUAAGAGCCGCACGACUUUAUACAAAAAGAUCAUCCUCCAUUGUGGUAGGGAAAGGGAAAGAAAAUACAGAAGAAACAUAUUCGGAAGAUGGUGAUGAAAACAACACACGAGGAGUAAGAAACAUCAUUCCAUUAUUCAAAUCGUCUCGUGUUGUACUAUUAAUACUUGUCUCUUCUUCCAUUCUCCUUACGAUGAUUCUUCUUACAUUAGUUUGGGUGCCAACAUUUAGCUCGAGUGUUUACAGCCUUAGUGAAAAAAACCGACUGAAAGAGUUCAAUGGAAUAGUUUCCUUUAUCACUCAAUCGAUACGUGAGGUGGUACUAGUAUCCGAAGCAAGCAAGAAUCUUUUGAAAUACGGAUUCGAUUUUUCCAAUUCAACAUGGGUGGAGAGAGCCAUGUAUCAAAUUUAUAAGAGCGAGCAGCAGUUUCAUAAAGGAUCCACAGUCUCAACCUACAUUGGAGAUGUGUUGGGAAAUGUUGUGGGAAUUGUCAAUGCAUAUGGUGUUGACAUGCUAGUAGUUAUAAACAACACUCAUACAUUGUUGUAUCAAUGCCAAACAAGUGAUGAUGACAUUUGUGUGCAUAACACUAAACCCAAUAAGAUUCUUUCUGGAGCGAGCAUGGAAAACACAAUUAAUCAGGCACUGCGUUUUCCUGGAGAACCUUCUUUUACGCCAAGUUAUGUUGAUACCAGAAAUUCUGAUGCAGUUCUUAUAAGCUUAGUGAAUAGUAUUCAAGUGGAAAAUCAAGAAAUUUUCUAUUAUUUUGGCUAUGAUAUUUCGACGAGGAAAAUUGGCUCCUAUUUGAGUGAAACUUGCACAAAUAUUGCAGAUUCGCUGGUAUUUAUUUUUGAGUCUACCACAAAUAAUCUAAUUUCUUCAAGCUUUCCAAGAUUUUCGUAUUACAAUGGAAAUGAAAGAAAAACAUCACUAAAUAUGCAUGAAAUUCCUAGAGCUGUUGUAAUUUCUGAGACCUUGUUGCAAAAGUUGGAAGGAAAUUUCAAAAAUUUGCGAUGUGGAGAGUACAUGCUGGUAGCACAUGCUGAUGAGCUGAUUGCGUCACAUCGCAUUUGUUUGCAAGAGGAUAUUGAUUGGGUCAUUGUAUUUUCUGUAAAACAGUGGACCUACAUAAGCACACUCGUUAUUACUCUCAUUGUGGCACUAGGAUUUAGCUUCAUAAUUUUAUUAUUUGGCAUAAUAUUUGGCAUUUUGGCUUCCCUUAAAUUUUCUCAACCCAUCUAUCGACUUAUUGAAUUGGUUAAGAGUGUAGGAGAAAUGGAUUUUGACAACAUUCCAGAUACUCCAGAGAAACUAUUCUUUUCAGAAAUGCAAGACCUUCAAACGAAUUUUUUAGACAUGAUCAAACGAAUCAAGAGCUAUCGAGCCUUCAUUCCUACCCACAUUCUCCAAGAAUUGGAGUCCAAUAAUGCAAAAAGCCAAAGUAUGCAGCAAGAAGAUUUCAAAAAAACCCUAGUAGGACUUGGGCGAAGGCUCUCAUCCCGCAAAUUACUUCUUCAAAAAAAGAUGGUCGCCCCUCCAAAAGAACUAUUUGCACUUGGAUUAGAGGGUCGAUACGUCACACAAAUGUGCAUCUUUAUUCAAGGAUUUGAUUCGAUUGUUGAGAUUUGUGAGCAUAAGGAUAUUCUCGUGGUUUUGGGAGAAAUUUAUGAGACCCUCAUGAACACCACCAAAAGUACAUCAGGACAAAUAGGUAUAUUUGAAAACAAUUAUAUAACCGUCUCUUGGAAUUCAACAAUGCACCAACCCAACCACGAGCAAAAGGGAGUUUCUUCAGGAACAAAAUUUUUUAAGAAAAUCAAUUCUAUUAAGGAUACACGGUGGAGAUCAUACGAGCUUUUCAGAAGCAAUCCUAAAUUAUAUGAAGAUUUACGUUUUAGAGUUACGCUUGCCACUCAGUUGUGUCAAUGUGGUAAUAUUGGCACAGAAGAAUUCAAGUCACAUACCAUUAUUGGAAGCAUCCAGAAAAAUGUGCGAACUCUUAUUGAUGUGGGAAUUCAAUACGAUAUUGGGAUAUUAACCACUGAAGAUAUUUUCAUGAUUUGUAGUACGGAUUAUGCGAUGAGAUAUAUCGAUACAGCAGAUCUAGCAGCUGACAUGUCUGUGGCUUCAUCGAAGUAUGCGGUAAAACAAACAAAGCUGUUCGAGGUUGGAGAGAGUUUGGAUAUCAUUUUGGAUGAAUGGAUUUACGAACUUGCUGACAAGGAGCAUAAAAGCAAAUGGGUCAAAUAUCAAAAAGGCUGUUCCUUCUACUUUGAACACAAAUACCAAGAGGCAAAGGAAAUAUUGUCAGAGUUCGAGCAAGAAUAUUUCAAAAAGUAUCACAUUAUGGAUUUGCCUGCGCAGCACAUGAUCCAGUUGUGCAACCAAAAGAUGCGUGAGCAAGGAAUAGUUGAUCAUCAACAAGUUGGAAUUGAAUCUGACCACAAAAUUGCAUCUAGUGUUGUGCAAUAG